AUGCACACAUCCACUCUCCGCAGGAAGUCCCCUGAUUCUGACGACGGCACAUGUGGAGGCUCUCCACGUUCGCAGGCAUCAUCCUUCCCUUCGGAACCGGCUGUGGCAUCCCAAGCGUCUGCGAUAAUCGGCAUCACCAGCUCUGAGGAGCGUGCAACACAAAUUAACGCAAACCCAAGCGAUACCUCGGGCGCGCGCGAGGGCGGGAAUGAACGCAGGCUAUGGACUGUGGCGGGUGGAGGCGAUGACACGUCUCCGUCGACUAAGAGACGCAAACUAGUCCACAAAGCGGACAAGCAGGCGGCCUACGACACGCUAUCUACACCAACAGUAAGUCAAGCUCAAUCAUUAUCAAUGGUGAACAUAGUGAGACGAGAGCAUUACCAGCGCAUUACCGCAAACAAUGCCGCAGCGGCUCUACGGAUGUAUGGAUUCGACCUGGGCAAUCUGGACGGAAUCGGCAACGAGGACAAAGUCGAGAGAAUACCUGAGGCACGAGACCCAUGCUGGAUCUCGUGUUUAUGCGCUGACAUCAGAUCGCAGGAUGUCACCAUGUCGGAUGAAGAAGACAGUGCUUCGCAGUACAGCUGCGACAGUCUCUCCGACGAGGAGGUCUCCUUCCACAUGUUCGACGGUGAUGUAGAGGUGCCGGAGGACACCGAAGACGAGGACAUCACCCUGCCGAGGGACAUAGACUGGUACGCGCUAGUCGGGGACGCCGAAGGUGAUCUGAACAUCACCGUGGCGAGCGAUGCCAGCGGGGUAGAGGUCGUUACCCUCGUGUUCGGCGAAGACGUGCCCACGGUCACGAUCACCCGCCCAGACGAACCCGAGGACCCGUGGAUCGCAUGCCGGAACUGCGUGAACUGGCGAUACGCACAGAACCCGCGAUCCCUGCUAACACCAGGGGCAUACAUUGUGGGCGACGAAUUGCCGAAAGAAAUCGAGGAUGAUACCGGAGAUGAUCUGGAUGAGGUGGAGGGGGACUACAUCCUCGAGGAGUUCUUGCGGACGCUCGAGGAGGAGCUCAGGCAGGGUGCGGCUGAGGAACCCCGGGAUCCAGAGCACGCCAGCGGUCGUGAAGGGGCAGUGAUACGGGAUAUAUGCGACGACUACGACUAG